AGAUAUACGUUUUUCACUUCGGAAUUCGUUCUCUUCCUCUUCUUUUUUCACUGCUUGCACCAUCACAGAAAAGCUGAGUUCAAGUGCGAGUAAAUAUAUUCGACUAAUUAAUUAAUUGAAGUGUUUCCGCCAGCAAAGAACCCCGCCAACAGCAAAACAGUGGCAAAAGCGUCUUCCUCUGUUGCAGGUACCCGCGUUCCUUGCUUGAAAUUUUUUUGUUUGUGUGUGUGUGUGUGUUUGCGAAGUUCUUUUCUCACUAAUUGUACUCUUUUCUUUUUUCCUUUCUGUGAUCCUACGUUAUUUGUUGGCUUGCGGUGUUUUCUGCGCAUCGCACCCGUUAAUACGCCUCCCUUUUCCCCACGCUGUUUGAUAGCAGCGAUCAAAAAAAAAAAACGAAGAACUGUAACGUUUAAAGUGAAGUCCUUGACUUCCCGCCCUCUUUUUUUUUUCUACUCUCCCAGUCCUCUAGAACGGAUUCCAAACGCAUCAUGUCGAAUCCGGCGUUAAUCGAGCACCUCAUCGAGGCUCUACCCAAGGCUGAACUGCAUCUUCACAUUGAGGGUACUUUAAGCCCUGAGCUACUGUUCGCACUCGCGAAAAAGAAUGGGGUCGAGCUGCCGUACAAGACGCUCGAAGACGUACGCGCCGCGUACAACUUCCCUGAUCUGCAGUCUUUCCUCAACCUCUACUACCGAGGCAUGUCUGUUUUGAUCACCGAAGAUGACUUCGCCGAGCUCGCCUACGCCUAUACGCGCAUGAUGCACGAAAAUCGUGUCUGCCACGCGGAGCCCUUCUUCGAUCCUCAAGGCCACGUCGGGCGCGGGGUGACCUUUCGUGUGGUGUACGAUGGCCUCCAGAAAGGCUUCAAGCGCGGCGCCGCAGAGUUCGGCAUAAGCGUCUCUCUCAUUUUCAGCUUCCUGCGGCACCUUUCUGAGGAGGAGUGCUUCGCCUUUGUGCGCGAUGAUACGCACCCCGACAAUGGGCAAUACAUUCGCGAGCUUUUUGCUGCAAAGGCGUUCAUCGCGGUCGGCCUUGACUCCUCCGAGUUGGGCAACCCGCCCGAGAAGUUUGAGCGGCUCUUCCGCUACUGCCGCGAGGAGCUGCACGUGCCGUUUCUCGUGGCGCACGCCGGCGAGGAGGGCCCGCCGUCGUUUAUGUACAACGCCCUGGAUGUGCUGACGGUCGACCGCAUCGACCACGGCGUCGCAGCGCGCCUUGACGGCGAGCUGUGCAAAAGGCUGCGGCACCAAAACGUGCCACUGACGGUGUGCCCGACCUCUAACGUGGCGUUGUGCGUCUUCGACGACCGCGCCGCGUGCGGGGCUGCCGUGAUGGAUCUGGCGCUGACGGAGAAGCUGUGUGUGACGAUCAACUCCGACGACCCGGCGUACUUAGGCGGUGAUGUGCGGGAGAGCUACCGCAUUCUCGCCGAGACCGGCCGCCUGACGCCGGAGGUGCUGAAGCAGUUGGUGUUGAAUUCGUUCUACGGCAGCUUCCUCUCUGCCGCCCAGAAGCAGGUGUACGGGGAGCGGGUGGAGGAGGUAUACAAGGAUGUGUGCUGUCACGCGUUGCUGUACCGAAACGUGCGCCCAAAGAUUCCCUUGAUGGAGGAGGAGGAAGAAGAGAGGAAGAAAGCGGCGAAAAGGCUUCAGUGA